AUGGUGUCCCCCAAUAUGGAGAAGCUUGGUCCAAAUUCGGCAGCGGCGCUGGAGCGUCUCGCCUGGCUCAACAGCAAGGAAGCCAAGAGCAUCACUUCGAAAAAUAGGCGCGUUGUCUUGGUCGGUGUCAUGCUGGGCAUCGCUGCCAUGAUCGCAGUCAUUCUGGAUGGAGUGCUGCGAGUAGAGAAGCAAGAUAAGCUCUGCCUCGUGCUCGAUGACGAUUUCUCCAAGGGCUUCAAUAAGUCGACCUGGUCUCACGAGAUCCAGCUCGGUGGCUACGGUACCGGUGCAUUCGAUUGGACUACCGACUCAGAAGCAAACACGUACGUCGAAGAUGGCAAGCUGUACCUCGUUCCCACCUUGACGGUCGAGAACUUUUGGCCACCUUACUUCAACACGGACGGAUUCAAGCUCAACCUUGCCGCUUCUGGAAACUGCACCGGCACCGACGAAAAGGAUUGCGCAACGGGCAACAGCUUCACCGACGGACGCAUGAUCAACCCGGUGCAAAGCUCACGUAUCACCACCAAGAACUCGGUCUCAAUCCGCUACGGCAGGGUCGAAGUGCGAGCAAAGCUUCCCACAGGCAACUGGCUCUGGCCCGCUAUCUGGAUGAUGCCUCGCGACUCUGUCUACGGCACCUGGCCUGCCAGCGGCGAGAUCGAUCUGAUGGAAUCCUCUGGCAACAUGCCGCGCCACCGUAUGGACCAACGAUCCACGGCCUCUGUCCAGUCGUCGUACCAUUUCGGCCCCGACUGGCGUAGUAAUGCCGGUGGCAAGCACACGGGCUACCAGUUCCGAUGGCGCGACUACUUCAACCAAGGCUACCACAACUACGUGCUCGAGUGGAACGAGAAGCGGAUGCGCGUCUACGUCGACGACCCGCGCACCACCAUCUCGUACUUUGAAUUCCCCAAGCAGCCCAUGUGGGACUAUGGCAAGUUUGCCGAUAUCCACCUCGAUCCUCCCAUCACCAACCCAUGGAUCCGCAGCGCGAGCCCCAAUGUUGCUCCCUUUGACCAGCACUUUUACCUCAUCCUCAACGUGGCUGUCGGCGGCAAAUACUUCGGGGGCACCGACGACGUUGUCUGGAACGGCGAGUCAGCAUAUCCAGCCACCACCUUCUGGAAUAACAUCAAAAAGUGGUACCCAAGCUGGGCCACCGACCCCAAGGACCGAGGAAUGGCUGUCGAUCGCGUUCGCAUGUGGCAAAAGUGCUAG